AGGAAGAGGUGUGUAAAUCACGAAAGGAGCCUAGGUUGUUGCAUCUUAUGUAGUUUUUUUCCCAUUCAUUUGGUUCGUUUUUUAAGGUUGACGUGUCCAAGUGUUGCGGAUUAGGAAGACCCGCUCCUCGUUCAGAAUUUUGGCUUGGUUUGACCACCCAAACAUUUCUCACGUAACAUUCCAUUUGGAGAAGAGAGAGAACACAAAUCCAAAGACAAAGACCCAAACAAACACUAUUUUCACUUUCACGCUUUCCCAUUCUUUUCCUUUGUUUGUUUUUUCCCUCCAACACCUCUUAAGACCCUCUCUCUCUCUUCACACUUUUCUUGCCUUUGGUUGAUUUCAGAGCCAGGUCCGGGGCAAUGCUGAUUCAAAUAAAAGGUUUGGUCAAUUGAAUGUGGUGAUUUCUGCUGGGUGAGUAUCUUCGAUAUUCUUCUGUGAUUUUGGGAUCACAGAUAUGACAAACACAAGUGCAGAAUUGUCUCAGGGAAUUGGAGGUGUUUCUCUUCCCCACUCUAAUUCCCAGUCUGCGUCACAAGAGCAUAAUCAGCGUUCUCAUGGUGGUAACGGCAAUAUGAUUUUCAAGAGUGGACCACUUUUCAUAUCUUCCAAAGGAAUUGGAUGGACAUCCUGGAAGAAAAGGUGGUUUAUUUUAACACAAACUUCACUUGUUUUCUUCAGAAGUGAUCCAAACGCUGUCCCUCAGAGGGGAAAUGAAGUGAAUUUGACCCUUGGUGGCAUUGACCUCAACAAUUCAGGCAGUGUUGUUAUCAAACCAGAUAAGAAACUUUUGACUGUACAAUUUCCUGAUGUUCAUGACGGACGAGCUUUCACACUUAAGGCUGAAACUACGGAGGAUUUAUAUGAGUGGAAGACUGCACUUGAGAAUGCUUUGCAACUGGCACCUAGUGCUGUCAAUGUGACGGAGCAAAAUGGUAUCUCCAGGAACGAUCAGACUGAUUCAAUUGAUAUUUCUUUGGACCAGUUGAAGGAUAGAGAACCAGUUAAAUCUACUGUCAUUGGCCGGCCAAUUUUACUUGCUUUGGAGGAUGUUGAUGGAACUCCUUCAUUUUUGGAGAAAGCCCUAAAGUUCAUAGAAGAGCAUGGAGCCAAUGUGGAAGGGAUAUUGCGACAAGCAGCUGAUGUUGAUGAGGUUGAACGUCGAGUUCGAGAAUAUGAACAAGGGAAAGUUGAGUUUUCUCCAGAUGAGGAUGCACAUGUUGUUGGUGAUUGUAUUAAGCAUGUACUUCGUGAAUUGCCAUCUUCUCCAGUCCCGGCAUCUUGUUGUAAGGCACUGUUAGAAUCUUGCCGAACUGAGCGGUGUAGUAGGGUUGCUGCUAUGCGCGCAGCAAUAAAUGACACUUUUCCUGAACCAAAUCGUCGCUUAUUACAAAGAAUACUUAUGAUGAUGCAAAUUGUGGCUUCACGCAAAACUGUGAAUAGAAUGAGCUCCUCGGCUGUGGCAGCUUGCAUGGCGCCUUUACUUCUUCGGCCCCUUCUGGCUGGAGAAUGUGAAAUUGAAAAUGACUUUGAUGUAGGUGGUGAUGGUUCUGUUCAACUUUUACAAGCAGCUGCUGCGGCAAAUCAUGCUCAAGCAAUUUGUAUAACUUUAUUAGAAGAAUAUAGCAGCAUAUUUGGGGAAGGUUCUGUGUCCCCUGAUAUAUACACUGACUCAGAAGAAGACAGUGGAUCUGAGAGUGGGGAGGCAACUGAUGAUGAUUUGUCCUAUGAUGAUGAUGAAGAUUAUGAUGAUGAACAAGAUGAAUCAAUACAGGGGUCUGAUGCAGAUGAUCUUGUUAGUGAAUCGUACAGCGGAACUGGAGAUUCUGAGGCUGAUGAUGCAUAUGAUGAUGAGGGCCAUGAUCACGCUAGUUCAAGUUCGAAAUCCUCAGGUGUGAGUGAAAAAUUGAAACCCACUCGAAAGUUAUCAUCAAAGUCACUUGAAGUCUCAGUGACUCAACAUGAAGAUAUCAAAAGCUCUGAACAUCUCACCAGUCCAAAUAAGACUGGCUAUGUAGACCAGUCCAAUAAGCCUGCUGAUAAAGUUGAAGGAGUCUCCACUGACCAAGCUACAUUGCAUAAUUCAAAGAAUCCUAGCCCUGCUUCAUGUAUUAAAAAAUCCAAUACCAUGUCCAAUGGCCCAGCACCUCGGCAUCGCACCUUGUUGGGGCGCACCUCUGCAAGGAAGAAUCUUUCCAUGGAAUCCAUUGAUUUUCCAAUUGAAGAUGAAGAGGAAAUUGAAAGGCUUGAAGCUGCUAGGGCAGAAUUACAAACCCAAAUUGCAGAGGAGGUGAAGGCAAAUGCAGAGCUGCAGUCUCAAGCAGACAAACAAAAGAAAGCCUUGGAUGACCGUCGUCUGUCUCUUGAGCACGAUGUGGCUAGACUACAGGAACAGUUGCACAAGGAAAAGAAUUCUCAGUUAGCUCUCGAGAACAAGACAGAGCUUGAGGAAUUAGCUCUGGUAGAAGCAGAUCUUGCCUACUUAGAGCGGAAGGUUAGGGAGCUUGGGGUGAGGCUUAAUGCACAACUUCAUCGGAAUCAUGGAACUACUUCGGAUUUCUCUAGUCAACCACAACAGAUAUCAAAUCAGGAAAGAAAAUUGAAACAAAAGGCAGAUGCUGAAGUUGCUGCCACAUCACAAUCUGACAGGUCAAUAAGUAAGGGAAUGGUAAUGGCACAACAGGAGAUUCAUAUCGGGAGAGCAGAAAAUAAUAUUGAGAGAAAGCCAGAGUCAACACCUUUAUCAAACAAACAUCCACCAACUAGCUCCAGGAAAUCUGGUACAAAGGGUGAGGGAGCAAAUUCCACUACUUCUGCACUGACAAAACUGACAUCCAGACUGAACUUUUUGAAGGUGGGCCGAAGUCAUGUGGCAAAUGAACUCCAAAAUAUGGAUAAAGGCUCAAGUCGCUCUGAAAAAGGAAAAGGAUCUGAACGUCCCCAAACACUUCCAUCCCCCAAUAGAUAUGGAGGCUCUGAAGCUCACUCGGAAAAGGGUAAAGGGUCGGAGUCAGUUCACAUUUCAGAGAAAGGAUUGAGCAAAGGUAAAUCUCAUCAAAGUUCAGACAAACUGAAGAAAUCAGAUAGCCAGCCAUCUCAUCACACAGAUACAUGGAAUCAACAACCAAAACACUUGGAAAGAGGAAGGUCAGAAGGCCAUCAGACUUAUAAUGUGGAUAAAGGUCGAUGAUUGCAAUGCCACUCUUCUUUUGUUCCAGAUGCAGUCAGUGUUUUUGUUGUCCAUGUUGGGAUUUGCUUAUGUCUUUCGACAAUGUUUUGUGUGGUUUUUGAAAUAUAGUGAGAAGAAUCCUUCUUUGAUAAGGUUGCCACAAGGGCCCUUAUUCUAACUGAGAGAAGCAUUCCAUUUACCCCCCCC